UUAGCCGAAGGAGACGCCAAACCGCACUUCCUAACAUGUUCGCGGCUACUCUUGGUUUACGGGGGGACCCUUGGCCUGGGAGCUGUUUUUCAAAUCAGAGCAGAGGCACUGCGUGGAAUUUUCGUAUUUCGCUGUCAUUUUAAUGUGCUCGUCUGGGCUCCAUCAGUUGUUGCAGACACUUCCUGAGAGAAUGGGGGCUGGCGCUCUGGCCAUCUGUCAAAAUAAAGCAGCGGUUCGGCUGAAAGAAGACAUGAAAAAGAUAGUGGCAGUGCCACUAAGUGAGCAGAGAGGUGCUAGCUACAAGAAGCUGUUUGGAGUGAGUCUGCAGGAACUCCAGCAGCAGGGGCUCACGGAAAACGGCGUUCCCACGGUCGUGUGGGCUCUAGUGGAGUACCUGACGCAGCACGGACUCACCCAGGAAGGUCUUUUCAGGGUGAAUGGCAACGUGAAGGUGGUGGAACAGCUCCGAUGGCAGUGGGAGAGUGGGGCGCCCAUGGAGCUGGGGCGGGAUGGUGACGUCUGCUCAGCUGCCAGUCUACUGAAGCUCUUCCUGAGGGAGCUGCCUGACCGCCUGAUCACCGCGGCCUUACAGCCUCGAUUCAUUCAGCUCUUUCAGGACGGCAGACACGAUGCCCAGGAGAGCAGUCUAAGAGACCUCAUCAGGGAGCUGCCAGAGCCCCACUACUGCCUUCUGAAGUACCUCUGCCGGUUCCUGACCAAAGUAGCCAAGCACCAUUUGCAGAACCGCAUGAGUGUCCACAACCUCGCCACUGUUUUUGGGCCAAAUUGCUUUCAUGUGCCAUCUGGGCUUGAAGGCAUGAAAGAACAGGAUAUUUGCAACAGGAUAAUGGCAAAAAUCCUGGAAAAUUAUAAUACCUUGUUUGAAGUAGAGUGUACAGAAAACGAUAAUCAGAGGUGCGAAAACGUGGCUAGGCUUAUCCUAGUAAAAGAGGCCAGUUCUAAGAGCUCCCUCCCCAUCUUCUUAACAAGAGGUUUAGAAAGAGACAUGCCAAAAUCAUCCCCCAAAGGCAAGAUCCCCAAGUCCAGGAGUGAGGGGUCUAUUCAGACCCACAGGAUACCACAGCCAGAGCUCUCUGACGGUGUUCCUCAGCUUAGCCUGCGGCGGAGUCGUCGGAAACCCUGUUUGGAUGAUGUGAGUUCAGCAGAGGAUGCCAGUGGUGCCAAGGUCGCAUCCAGUUCACAAGAAGAUGAAAGACCUAUGUCACCUUUCUAUCUGAGUGCUCAUGUUUCCCAAGUCAGCAGUGUGUCGACAACUGGAGAACUCUUAGAAAGAACCAUCCGGUCAGCUGUAGAGCAGCAUCUUUUUGAUGUCAGUAGCUCUGGAGGUCAAAGCUCAGAGGACUCUGAAUCUGGAACGUCGUCAGCAUCUUCUACCACGUCCGCCAGACAGCGACGCCGCCAGUCCAAGCAGCAGGAUGAAGUUCGUCGAGGGAGAGACAAGGGACUUAUCAACAAAGAAAAUAUUCCUUCUGGGUUCAACAGCCUGGAGGAUUGUAUCUUGAAUACCCAGGAAGUGGAAAAGUUGCAUGAAAAUACUUCUGAUUAUAUUGGAGAAAGGAGUAAACCUAAACGUCAAAAAUCCAGUAUGAAACUGUCUGAGCUCAAUGAAAAUAAAGAUGGGCUUGUGAAUAUGGAAAGUCUUAAUUCGGCAUGGUCUCCUGGGAGGACUGGACCUGACAAUGUUGAACUGAUAUCUGAUGAAAGCAAAGAAAAUGAAAAAGAUGACAGACACACCCGGCAUUUUGAGAACCUCACAAUGAAGAUUCAGGAGCAUCCCAGUCUACCUGACACCAAACAGCCCCGGAAUCAAGAUGCCGAUGGCCAGCAGGAGAGCUUUGUCUCUGAAGUGCCCCAGCUGGACCUGACUGCAUUGUGUGACGAGAAGACCUGGGAAGAGCCCAUCCCUGCUUCCUCCUCCUGGCAGCGGGAGAAUGUGGACUCGGACGAAGCCCGCCUCUCCCCACAGGCUGGGCGUCUGAUCCGUCAGCUUCUGGAUGAAGACAGCGACCCCAUGCUCUCUCCUCGGUUCUACGCAUAUGGGCAGAGUCGGCAAUACCUGGAUGACACAGAAGUGCCCCCUUCUCCCCCAAAUUCCCAUUCUUUCAUGAGGCGGCGAAGCUCCUCACUGGGGUCCUACGAUGAUGAGCAAGAGGACCUCACCCCUGCCCAGCUCACACGGAGGAUUCAGAGCCUUAAAAAGAAGAUCCGGAAGUUUGAGGAUCGAUUUGAAGAAGAGAGGAAGUACAGGCCUUCCCACAGCGACAAAGCUGCCAACCCCGAGGUUCUGAAAUGGACCAAUGACCUCGCCAAAUUCCGGAAGCAGCUGAAAGAAUCGAAACUAAAGAUCUCCGAAGAGGACCUCACCCCCAGGAUGCGGCAGAGAAGCAACACACUCCCCAAGAGUUUUGGUUCCCAGCUAGAGAAAGAAGAUGAGAAGAAGCAAGAGCUGGUGGAUAAAGCGAUCAAGCCCAGCGUCGAAGCCACACUGGAGUCUAUCCAGAGGAAGCUCCAGGAGAAACGGGCAGAGAGCAGCCGUCCUGAGGACAUUAAGGAUAUGACCAAAGAUCAGAUCGCUAAUGAGAAAGUGGCCCUCCAGAAAGCCUUGCUGCAUUAUGAGAGCAUUCACGGCCGGCCGGUCACCAAGAGUGAACGGCAAGUUAUGAAGCCUUUGUAUGACAGGUACCGACUGGUCAAGCAGAUCCUGUCCCGAGUCAACACCAUCCCCAUCAUUGGAUCCCCCUCCAGCAAGCGGAGAAGCCCUUUGCUGCAGCCAAUUAUCGAGGGCGAAACUGCUUCCUUCUUCAAGGAGAUAAAGGAAGAAGAGGAGGGAUCAGAAGAUGAUAGCAACACCAAGCCAGACUUCACGGUCACCCUGAAAACGGAUUUUAGUGCACGUUGCUUUCUGGACCAAUUCGAAGAUGAUGCUGAUGAAUUUAUUUCCCCCAUGGAUGAUAAAGUACCAUCAAAAUGCAGCCAGGACACAGGGCUUUCAAAUCUCCAUGCUGCCUCAAUACCUGAACUCUUAGAACAUCUUCAGGAAAUGAGAGAAGAAAAGAAAAGGAUUCGAAAGAAACUUCGUGACUUUGAAGAUAAUUUUUUCAGGCUAAAUGGAAGAAACGUCCAGAAGGAAGACCGCACUCCCAUGGCUGAAGAAUACAAUGAAUACAAGCACAUCAAGGCUAAACUCAGGCUCCUGGAGGUGCUCAUCAGCAAGAGGGACACUGAUUCCAAGUCCAUGUGAGAGGGCAGCCCUGGCCCAAGCAGAGGGCCGGGCAGCCACAGAGAGCAUGACCGUUUCCCGCUGGAGAGCAGCUCUGGAAGGCCGCCUUCAGGCUGGACCUGCCAUGCACACGCAGCCCUUCUGCCUCUAGGCCCCUGGAAUCGGCUCCUGUUUCCAUCACCUGCUGUAGAAGCUGCCUAGGAGGAAGCUGACAGGGGUUUGGCAUCAUCAAGCUGCCUGUGCACACCUGUGCAUCUGUGCACACCUGCGCAUCUGUGCACACUAGUGGGAGCUUUACUGACACUAGCAGUGCUGAUUGGCUUCAUCAGACACACUCAUCCACAGAGAAUACGCGCUGUUCUUCCCUGGAUGGCUGACAAGCAUGAGGCCAUUCUCCGUGUAACUGUGAUCGAAACAAGCUCAGGACUUGACUCCGUAGACCUGACUGCUGCGGGAGAGCACCCGUCUGUGGUCUCCUGGACCCAGUUCAGUGUGAACACGCAUUAGAGCCCUACUUGCUGCCGCGGCCCUUCUAGUGCCCUUUCCAGAGCUGCGCCUUUCCUGCUUGUAAACUGUUUCCCCCUUCGGCGCUCAGGGAUGGAAGCUGCAUCUGUCCAUGACUGCAGUGGAAUCAUCCCUUUGAGGGUGUGUUUCUUCAGGACGUCCUCGGCUGACAAAGAAUUUUGAUCUCUGACUGGGACUCGAUCAUCUGAAAAGGACAGAGGGAAUGCAACUGCAGUUACAGUAAUGCUGAGUUUAAAAUCGGGAACUAAGGCACAGAGGCUGGAGGGACUUUUCUGCGAAGUGACUAACUUGUCGGUCACCAAUGUUAACAUCAAACACGAAGCAACUAGCAGCCAAGCAGCUGAGCCCAUUUGGGGCCCCGUUUCCUUGAGGCACUAGUCAAACAUCAUGGGUCCCGCUUACUCCUUAGCCAAGUGUAGAGGAUCAUAGGAGAGAGGGGAGCCUGUGUUCUCAGCCUCCUGAGAGACUUUAAUUAAAAAAAAAAAAAAAGAAAACCC